CUUUGCGGACGACAUUUGAAAUUGGAACCUUCUAUUCUAAAUUCAAAAUUUAAAAAUGAAAGUGCUGUGUGUUCUGUUAUUUGCUGUGGCAGUUGUCAGGGCGGCCCCUGGAGCAACGGAUAACGAUGACGGAAGGAUUGAGCUGUUCAAAGGAGUUGCUAUUGAAAAAGAUGCAUCGGGCGAAGAAAGACUCAAUGUAAAAGUGGAACCAGGUGAACUGAAGGACGCUGCGAGGACGUUUGAAGAAGCACGCGGCAAAAUCAAGAAGUACGCCCCUCUCUUCACAAGUCUAGGCGUGAAGGUCAUCGCCGUCAUCGGUCUCUUAUUCGGAGGAUUGACACUUCUGGUGACGAAAGCGCUGGUGGUAGCCAAACUGGCUUUCCUUGCUGCAGCGGCUUUGGGUCUUCAGAAGGUGCUGAGCGGCGGCGGACUUAAUAAUUUGAGUGGGAAGAUCGCAAACUUCAACCAGCCAGCCCCGCAGUGGUCGGCGCCCACAGCCUCCGCUGGCUCGUACCCCUACGCCAGGUCUUCAAGCAUCGCCCAAGAUGCCAAUGACCUCGCCUAUAAGUCACAGAUACCGUCCUAAAUGUUAUUCACUAUAGAGGUUGUUGCUAAAAA